AGGGUGUAUGCCGUGCUCAGAGCAAUAUUUUCAAACUCUGCGCAUUUGAGCUGUUUUUAUUUUUUCUUGUGCCAGGGGUAAUUGAUUCACCCGAGUGGGCGGGAGUAAACCACGGGAAAGUUGUGAUAGAGUGUCGUGUGUGCGGCAAUGUCUUCGAAAGUCAAGCAAAGGAAAACAGCAAAUGAAGCCACGUUGGAAACAACCGGUGUAAACGAGAAAAUUCUGCGCGAGUGUCAUGAGCUUUACACGGAUCCUCAAAGCGGCCUGGUGAAGAUCGCAGAAGAACUUGGUGUGCAGAUAUUAGCACCCAGAAAGAAAAUCACGGUUUUACUGAUAGGAAAUCAUUCUGCUGGAAAGAGUAGCUUCAUCAAUUGGUAUGUAGAAGAGCAUGUGCAAAAAGUCGGAGUGGCCAUUGAAACCCAGGGAUUUUCCUUCGUCACGUCUGGGAAAAAGAGAGAGUCCUUGACGGGAAACGCAACUCUCCACUUGUACCCUCACUUCCAGUCUCUCAGCGAAAUUGACGGAGUGGUAGACUAUCUCAACACGGAGAUAAGCACGUCGAAGCAGAAAAAGUUCCCACUCAUCACGUUUGUCGACAGUCCAGGUCUCGUUGACGGUGAUAUGAAGUACCCGUUCGAUGUGAACGAGGCCAUCAUUUGGCUUGGCGGAUUGGCCGACUUGAUUUUUGUGUUCUUUGACCCGAUCGGCCAAGCGUUGUGCAAGAGGACUUUGAACCUUGUUGAAGCAUUGAAUAAGCAUCACCCGGAUAGGAUUCGUUUCUAUCUGUCCAAGGCCGACGACGCGGGCAAUGAAACUGAUCGCCAAAGGCAAGUCUUGAAUUUAUUCAGCCAUUAUACCGAGAUUUCAAAAGGUUUUUUUGGCACUUUUUUUUUGCGUAGAGUUAUGAUACAAAUCGCGCAAGAACUGUGCAAGCGUCCAGGCUUGAACAGGCAAGGCUUUGACAUGCCAACCAUCUACAUUCCUAAUCCCAACAAGACUGUGAGGUGCACGAAUCAGAUUGAGGAUGUUUGCAAAGAUAUUGAGAAAACUAUCACCCAAACAGUACAAAAUACUCUCAACAUGCUGGAGAAAGACUCAGAAAAGCUGAUUGGUGCUAUGAAAGAAAAGCUGGAUCGUGAUGUUGAGACGCGGCGUCGAAACCGGUCGAAUGUCUUUUGGAAAGUCGCUUACUACCUGAUGUCCCUGACGUUCCCGAUGCUCAUGGUUUUAUCUCUCAUUUCCCACGGCGGACUGCAGGGAGUGACGGAAGCGCUGGUUGGUCGGGAGUAUGUCAGCGUUUUGCAGUCUGCUUUGGCUCCAGUGAAAGUGGCGUGGAAUGUCAUUCCGCGAGACUAUGAGCGAACCGUUUUCAUCGUUUUGGUGGGUCUCUCGAUUGCGCUUUUCUUUCUGGCGUCGUGGCUGCACACUGUCAAACCGACGCUGUCGACUAAACGUCGGAACGCCCUGAUGCACAUGGUCUCUCAUGUGGAGAAGAGCGUCAUUCCGCGCAAGAAAGAGCUGUAUGACCAGUAUUUACGACAGUGCGUGGCUGAUCAUGAUCUAAUCUGAGGAGGAGUAAAAACUGCGCGUUCAUUCGUAGCAGAUGAAACGCCGCGUCAACAAAAAAAGAAAAAGAAACAAAACAAAAUCUCGCUCAUAUCGUGUUUGUGUAUUUGUGCUGUGGGGAUUUUUCGUCCGCAUACCGAGCAGUGUGGUGUCCGAUGCGUCAGUCACUUUUUUGAUUCGUUCCAUCUUUCAUUCUAGUGUGUACGACGUCUUUUUGAUGUCAUCACAAUUGGCUGUCGUGUCGUUGACUUAGUCAGAGAUUUAGGCAAUGCUGUAGAAAUGUGACUGGCUUGUCGGAUACUGAAUACGUGCUUCGCUUUUACUUUUUUAUUUUCAGAAGGAUUUCAAAUGCUUCCUUCCUUGGUUUUUUGGGGGAUUACUAGGUCUUUGCAAUUGUUGAUUGUCUGAAAAUCCUGUUGUUACGGGGCGUUGAUGCUGGAGUUCGAGUCUUGUGUGGCAAUUUUAGUGUUUCGUGAAGAAUCUGGGAAGUUUUUUGUGCCUGAUGACGGAAGAGAUUGAUUUAUAUUUGGAUGAAUAACCUCUGAGGAACGUGAAUGUCUCUGCUGUCGCUGAGUUCAAUUGCAUUUUACUUCUUUCGAUGAGCGAGAAUGCGGUUUGUUUGCUUUAGACAUGAACGGCUUGUUGAGCAGGUAUUUGUGCAAACGGGUCGCUUGGUUUGCCAGCCCUGAGAAUCUAUUGUUGAAAUUUUUCACUUUUUUUUCCCUACCCGGUGAGUUGUUGUUUCUUUGAUAUUUCAGAGCGGGGAAAUUCCACUUGUUUUGUGUCUCGCUCACAUCAGAGUGGUGAAUUGGGAAGCUGUGAAAAGUUUGCACCCUCUCUCCCCUGGCAGUGAUGAAAAAAAGCCCUUGCUCGUCAUCUUUGUUACCUGUCCUGAAAUUUGAUCCGUUAAGAGGAUUCUGCGACGAAAGGGGAAAAAAUAUCCAUAUUAGCAUGAUGAGUUCUAGAAUAACACCCUCGUCACGCUUCGUCGGCUGAGAUAGAGUUUCGAAAAGUAAUGAGGGAUAUUUUUGGCUCAUGAGCAAUUUUCGAAUCGCAAACUGAGUGGAAAGCAUUCAUUUUAUUUCGUUUUGUUUUGUCUCUUUUUUUCAUCACGAUUGGGUGCACACUUUUGAUCAGUUAACCCUGUGGGAGGAGGAGCGAGUAAGAUCAAGGUGCGUGGAAAGAACGAAAGGAAAGGAGGAAGACGUCUCGUAUGUGACGGAAU